AUAAAUUGAUUAUAUCAGUAGCCUAUAAUACUGAAGUUAUAUAGUCUCUAUUAAUUACUUAACAUUUAGAUAUAAUAUUAUUGCCAUAAUAUAUAAUAAUGUCGCUUAGUAACGUGGAUGGGGGCUCAAAGAGGGCCUAUGUGACCUUUUUGGCUGGCAAUGGAGACUAUGUGAAAGGAGUGGUUGGGUUGGCCAAGGGUCUCCGCAAGGCUAAGAGUGCAUACCCUCUUGUGGUGGCCAUUUUGGACGAUGUUCCUGAGGAACACCGUCAGAUUCUUCGAUCUCAGGGAUGCAUCGUUCGUCAGAUUGAGCCAGUCUAUCCUCCCAAGACCCAAACUCAGUUUGCCAUGGCAUAUUAUGUCAUCAACUACUCAAAGCUUCGCAUAUGGGAGUUUGAAGAGUAUGAGAAGAUGGUGUACUUGGAUGGAGACAUACAAGUGUUUGAUAAUAUUGAUCACCUAUUCGAGUCUCCGAAUGGCUACUUCUAUGCCGUGAUGGACUGCUUUUGCGAAAAGACUUGGAGUUUCUCAACUCAGUAUAAGAUUGGGUACUGCCAGCAGUGCCCCGAGAGGGUUCCAUGGCCGGCGGAGGCAGGCUCACCGCCGCCCUUGUACUUCAACGCCGGCAUGUUUGUUUUCGAACCUACUCUUGACACUUACCAUAGUCUCUUGGAGGCCCUUGAGAUCACCCCUCCUACUGCUUUUGCUGAGCAGGACUUUCUGAACAUGUUUUUCAAGGACGUAUACAAGCCUAUUUCUAAUGUUUACAACCUUGUCUUGGCCAUGCUGUGGCGCCACCCUGAAAAUGUAGACUUUGAUGCAAUCAAAGUUGCUCACUAUUGUGCUGCGGGUUCGAAGCCGUGGAGGUUCACAGGAGAGGAGGAGAACAUGAAUAGAGAAGACAUAAGGACACUGGUGAAAAAGUGGUGGGAUAUAUAUAAUGACGAAUCCUUGGACUACUGCCAUGAUGAUGAUCAUGAAAGCCCUAAUAAUGAUAAUAAUACUAUUACUAGUAGUAGUUGUGAUCAUGACGUGGAUGAUGGUGAAGAAGGUGGCCAUGUCAAGCUUGGACCUUUUCUUACUGCUUUAGCAAAUGCUGCCAUUCCCCGAAAUGCUGCACCUUCUGCUGCUUAGUUCAAGUUAAAUAACUCUUUUUAAUUACAAUCUAUAAUAAGAGUUAACCAUAUAUAUAUAUAUAAUCAGUAUAUUUGGAAUAAGAAAGUACUAUGUACGUGUAGCUAGCUCUCUUAAUAAUUAGCUAUAAGUAUUGAAACAUUAUACACUAUUGCUGUGUAACACUUGUACUUUGCAAACGUAAUAUAUAUAAGAGUCUAUUGUGUGCUUUUAA